ACAGCCCCCCCUACGGGCGGGUGCCUCCAAGAGAACCUAGGGGCCUGCGCGCGCGCUGGGGACCCGCAGGGCAAGCGCGAAGGCAGUUUGCUAGUGGUAGCUGUGAGGGCAGAUCAAGGAAAGGAUACGCAUGGCAAAUUAAAAAAUAGAAAAAGCCGUGCACCAUUGCCUCGCCACUCCGGUGGGCGGUAAACACGUACGUGCUACUUCGGAGGCGUGGAGAGUGAGCACCCAGGCUCGCGCGUGGAGCUUCGGGGACUUAAAUCAGCAGGGGCGGGAAUGGGCGGUGCCUAAGGCGCGGGGCGUGGCCAAGGGCGGUGGCUGCGGCGGCGGGGCCAGGACCCAGACAUCUGGGACUGUUGUUGUUCUCUCGCUGCGCGACCGCCUCAGUCACUUCGUCCAGAGACCCGGACCUGGUCCCCUGGGGAGCAGGCAGCCAUAAGCCCCCUCUCUCCCUGUUCCCUCACGCCGCAGCGGGAGCUGUUGCAAGCACCCUGCGGUUGGUCUCCAAUGCCCUUCAGUGAGGUGGGGACGUCCGGACCCUGGUGAGUGCACCCCAGGCCACCCCCACCCCAUCUCAGUGUCUUCGCCGGCCCCUGGCCCGCACGGCUGUCUGGCUGCCAUGGCCGAAAACACAGAGGGAGACCUGAACUCCAAUCUGCUCUACGCCCCCUACCACACCGGGGACCCUCAGCUGGACACGGCCAUCGGGCAGUGGCUUCGCUGGGAUAAGAAUCCCAAAACAAAAGAGCAGAUUGAAAACCUGUUACGGAAUGGGAUGAACAAGGAGCUGCGAGAUCGUCUUUGUUGCCGAAUGACUUUUGGGACUGCAGGACUUCGCUCUGCCAUGGGGGCAGGGUUCUGCUAUAUUAAUGACCUUACAGUAAUACAGUCAACACAGGGGAUGUACAAAUACCUUGAGAGAUGUUUCUCAGACUUCAAGCAGAGAGGCUUUGUGGUUGGAUAUGACACUCGGGGUCAAGUAACUAGCAGCUGCAGCAGCCAGAGGCUUGCUAAACUCACUGCUGCAGUCUUGCUGGCCAAAGAUGUUCCUGUGUACCUUUUUUCAAGAUAUGUUCCUACACCUUUUGUACCAUAUGCAGUUCAGAAGCUCAAAGCAGUUGCAGGUGUGAUGAUUACUGCUUCUCACAACCGGAAGGAAGACAAUGGAUACAAGGUUUACUGGGAAACUGGUGCUCAGAUCACGUCUCCUCAUGAUAAAGAAAUUCUAAAAUGUAUAGAAGAAUGUGUGGAACCCUGGAAUGGUUCCUGGAAUGAUAAUUUAGUGGAUACCAGUCCGCUGAAGAGAGACCCUCUGCAGGACAUUUGCAGGAGAUACAUGGAAGAUCUGAAAAAGAUCUGUUUUUACAGGGAGUUAAACUCAAAGACCACCUUGAAAUUUGUGCAUACAUCCUUUCAUGGGGUUGGACAUGACUAUGUGCAGUUGGCUUUUAAAGUGUUUGGUUUUAAGCCUCCAAUUCCAGUACCAGAACAAAAAGAUCCUGAUCCAGACUUUUCUACUGUUAAAUGUCCAAAUCCUGAAGAAGGAGAAUCUGUGCUGGAACUUUCUCUGAGACUGGCAGAGAAAGAAAAUGCCCGAAUAGUGCUAGCCACAGAUCCUGAUGCAGACAGACUGGCAGCAGCAGAACUUCAGGAGAAUGGCUGUUGGAAAGUUUUCACAGGGAAUGAGUUGGCAGCUUUGUUUGGGUGGUGGAUGUUUGAUUGCUGGAAGAAAAAUCAGUCAAGAAAUGCUGAUGUGAAGAAUGUUUAUAUGUUAGCCACCACAGUCUCUUCUAAAAUUUUGAAGGCAAUUGCACUUAAAGAAGGAUUUCACUUUGAAGAAACAUUACCAGGUUUUAAAUGGAUUGGAAGUAGGAUAAAAGACCUCCUGGAAAAUGGGAAAGAAGUCCUUUUUGCAUUUGAAGAGUCUAUUGGUUUUCUCUGUGGAACUUCAGUUUUGGAUAAAGAUGGAGUGAGUGCAGCUGUUGUGGUUGCUGAGAUGGCAUCUUACCUGGAAACCAUGAAUAUAACACUGAAACAGCAACUGAUUAAGGUUUAUGAAAAAUAUGGUUAUCAUAUUUCAAAAACUUCCUAUUUCUUGUGUUAUGAACCACCUACCAUCAAAAAUAUAUUUGAAAGGCUUCGUAAUUUUGAUGCUCCAAAAGAAUAUCCAAAAUUUUGUGGGACAUUUGCUAUAUUGUAUGUACGGGACAUUACCACUGGAUAUGACAGUAGCCAGCCUAAUAAGAAAUCAGUGCUGCCUGUGAGUAAAAACAGCCAAAUGAUUACAUUUACUUUUCAAAAUGGUUGUGUUGCUACCCUCCGGACAAGUGGGACAGAACCAAAGAUAAAGUAUUAUGCAGAGAUGUGCGCGUCACCUGACCAGAGUGAUACUGCUUUACUGGAGGAAGAAUUGAAAAAACUCAUUGAUGCUCUAAUUGAGAAUUUUCUUCAGCCCAGUAAGAAUGGACUGAUCUGGCGUUCUGUUUAGGGGUACACCAAUACAUCGUGACAUUGUGUGGGCAUAUGGAACAGAGCAACCAAGAACUCCGUACAUUGAACCUUGUGUUAGCAUUCUCUCUCUCUCUUUCAUCUGGCCAAGUAUCUUUUUCCUUUUGUUUUUUUUCUUUUUGGUUAACUGGCUAGACUAAACAAACUAUAAAUUUGAAAUUGGUCUAGAGGGAAAUGAUUCAAAUGUUUUCAUAAUUUAAACGAAAGUCAUUACACUAAAAGUGUUAUAGUAACGUAUUUUUUUCUUUUAACAGAAACAUCACAAUUCAAAAGUGAGUUUUCUUAUAAAUGUGGUUAAGCCUAGUUCUAUAUCUUGUAAUUGUGUAUAGCAUGGUAAAAGACAAAAAAAAAAAAAAAAAAAAAAAAAAAAAAGACAGGUAAAUGUUAUAAUUAUAGGGUUGGUUAAGGAAAUUACUCCAUAAAAUUGGCCAAAAAAUGGUAUUCUUGAUUGUUAUGAAAAAUGUCAUUGUUACAUCACAGGUAUUAAUUUACAAAUUAGAGUAUUUGAAAUAGGAUAUUUAGCAUUUCUGUAAUUUAGAGCAGAUGUUACAACGUGUGGUUUUGGCAUGUCUGUUUCAGGUGCCCUUGGUGCAAUGAAAAUUUACUGUAUGUAUUUAAAAUUCUGACGUUUACUGAGCAUAAAACAAUAGUGGCAACACUCCUAUUGGCUUUGUUCUUGUCAAAUUUCUCAGUGUCUUCUCAGGGUCUGGUAUGAACUGAAAACAGCAUUCCUGCAUUUACCAUAAUUUAAUCAGUGAAUUUUCAGAUAGUUAAGGAAAAUCUUCCAAAAUCUCUAGGUGCUUCCUCAAUAUCAAAUGAGUUUGCUGAUUUUAAAAUCUUAGGAAUGUAAAUAAAGAUCUUAAUAAAAGCAGACUUAAUGUAGUUAAAGAUCUUUAUAUUAGAUUGUGUCAUUUAUCAAACAUUUAGUACAGAAAAAAUUCUGAACUGAAAAAGGAGCUCUGAAUUUAUUUGACAGUCUAACUUUUGAAGUACAUUUUUCUAAGUAGAUUUAUUCUUUUAUUUUAUAAGUAAUGUUAAUCUUACUAAGAAAUAAACGUCCAAAUUUUAUUAUGAAAACGUUCAAAGUAUUAUGAAACACUAAAACUACAUGUUUUAAAACAGAGGUCCAGUUUAUCUUGCUGACGUCUGUAGAAUUUCUGAUUGCAUGGUAUUAAUCUUUUUUUAGUGUAGAAAAUAAUUUUUUUCCAAAAGUCACUUUUGGCUGAUCCUGCAGUCUCCUGAAAAGGUUUAAUAGAGAAAUGCUGUUUAUGCUGGGCAGGGUGGCUUGCACCUGUAAUACCAGCACUCUUGGGAGGCUGAGGCAGGAGGAUUGCUUGAGCCCAGGAGUUUAAGUUACAGUAAGCUAUGAUCGUGUUGCUGCACUGCAGCCUGGGUGACAGAGUGAGACUUUGUCUCAAAAAAAAAAAAAGAGAGAAAUGCUGUUUAAUCUUCUUAAAAUGUAUCUUGUCCUACAUAGUUCUCAGGAUACACAUGGGGUAUAGUAGGAGAUAACAAUAACAAGGCCUAAACAAAUUGCUUAUAGGAGAUAGCACUGGAAUUAGAUAAUUUAUUUCAUAUAAAAUAAUAGUAUAAAGUUUGAACUGAUUAGAAUGUUCCUUAAAUCAUAGUUUGGUUGGUUGCAGCUAUCAGCUAACAUUUGGUUAAGCUCAUAUAAUCCAAACCUAAUUGUCAAAUUAUUGUAUUGCCACUAUUGUUAAUUUGUUCCUUCCUUAUUUUCUUAUCGUUGGCUCUUGCAUGACUGUAUGACUGUAGAUAACAGACAGCUAGCUAAAUGUAGAGCACCAUUUUUCCUAAUGUGUUUUCAAAGGCUUUGCAUUGGAGAAGAAAUGUGUAGAAUUUUUGUUUUAUUUUUAAAAUGUGUAAAACAUCUUUUGUUAUAAGAAUGUAGAUUGUAAUUUAGGAAAUGGCACAUAUUCUACAAAGUGGUAUAACCUUGCAUAUAUGAAAAACAUGUAUAUUUGGUUUAGUUCUGUGUUUCAGUGACUGAUAAACAAAAAUGAAGCUAAAAUGUAUCAUAGUUACUAAAACCAUGUCAUGACUGUCAUUCUAUUAUGAAGAGAACAGUUUUAUUUGAGUGCUUUAAUAUAAUGCAACAUUUAAGUCAUUUUAAGGUGAAGAGUUAUUGAAGGAUUCUUAUUUCAAAAAUUUUGAAGUUCAGAGUUAAAGUUAACAAAAUUUUACAAAUGUUUCUGAAGUAUAUCAAUUGAGGUAAUUAUUCUAGCCUGUCAUUAGUCUGUCUGAGCAUGAUACUUAACAUGAACUUGACGUAGUAGGUGCACAUUUGCCUAACAGGAUAAAUUCAGUGAUAGCCCAAGCUGACCAAGAGAGACAGAAGUGCUGACUAGGAGGUCUCAGCCUUCGGCACCACAUUGUUUAUCUUUUUCAUUUUGAACAAUAUUGUGAAAAUGAUUGCAUUUUCAUUAAGCAUGUAAGUCAAAACUGGAAUUUUCUAGAGCUUUAGAGAAAGGAAAUAAUUAGUAGGGCAAGAUCAAAGUAUACUUUGAAAAUAAGUAGCAGAAAUAACCCAACAAUAUAAAGAGGCAAAGGAAAUGCUUCAAUAAGGCGGCACAGGAAAUGCUUCUUGUGAAGGGCAAAUGUAACACCAUAACAGUAGGGAAUAAACUGUGUCCACCUGUCUACUUGUGUUUAUUUGUUGUUAUGAUGAAUAUGCACCUACCAUUUUCCUUUAUUGUGAUCAUUAAAAUUAGGCCAAGUUGUAGGAGGUGAGAAAAAGUAUCUCUUUUAUGGAUUCAGUUCCUGCUAGGAUGUUGUGUCAGAAUCAUGUGAGAACUCAGGAAGAGAUAGAGCAGAAAUAAAAACGAAGAAAAUAUAGAUUAGAAAAUAAGACCUCUGAGAAAAAGUUCAAGGAAUAAAGACUGUUUGACUCUGGAGAGGAGAAAGCUGUUGAGAUAGUUUGCUAAGUUUGCUAAUAAAGCUUUAUUAAGUCUUUUAUUGAAAGGUCAAAGUAAGAAACACCAUGCCAUAGUGUUCUCCUUCUCUAGUUAAGACAGAACCAGAGGGAAUGAGGAUUUUUUAAAGACAGUAUGAAAAGUUUAAUAUUUAGGAACUUCUUGAGGAGGAAUCUUUAUAAUAUCUUCUAUUCAAAAUCUGUUUUUGUUUUUAAGGGAAUAAAAUGUUUUAAAAUUAACGGAUAUACAAAUGACUUUCUAAGGGUCCUUCUUUCCAAGUACAUUUUUUUUUUUUAAACUCAGGUUAGAAAAAAAAUGUCAUAAAGGGCACUAAAAAUAACAUUUUGGUUUCACUCCAUAUCUAGAAGAAUUUAGCUCACAAAACAAUUUUCGUAUAUUUUGAGUAACUGAUGCAUUAACUGCAAUGAAUAAUUUACCUGCUUGACAGUUAUUUUUAAUUUAACCUUGCAAAUUAAGUGAGACUUGAACAAAAUUUUGUUCAUCUUGAAGAAUGUAUAGCGGCUUAGCUUAUUUGAGGUUUUUGUUUUGAAUAUAUAGUGUUAUUUUGAUGCAGAAAUUUUAGCAGAUGGAGAGGUUCUAAGAGAUUGGAUACUUUGGAAUGUCUUUAUAUAGGAAAUAGACCUCCCAUUUCUUAAGCAAGUUGCUUCUGGAAUUGAUGCAACAGAGAUAUUAGCUGGAGUUUAAUGGAUAAAUUGUUCUAUGAACUGCUGCUAUAAGUAUUUUUUUUUUCACAUUUUCCAUUGAUAUUAGUGAUGCUUGAAAAAUCCAAACUCCACUUGGAUACAUUUAAUUUUAUGCCUUUUCUACCUCCCUCUUUUCCUAGGCACCCUUGAACAUUUUGUUACUGUGAAGAACUACUGCCCUGUUACCUCACUGAUAAGAAAUCUCAACUGUAUUCGUUCAGAAGGCUUUAAACUUAGUCAUAAACUACAUUUGUCUAUGGACUUUUGGUUAUUUUGUUAACGUUGUCAUUAUAUUUAAGACUUAUUGUAGGAAGUAAUUUUAAAUCUAUUUCAUAAUCUGUUUUGGUCUGCUGGAUACUGCUAUAUGUUAAUUUAUGACAUACAGCCUUUUACAAUUCACUUGUCUGAGAUUGGUCUAGAAACUAAGGGGAAAGAGUUGUACUAACCGAAAUGAAUGGGCAAUUGAUCUAACAUUCUAUUUCAGCUUUUCUUGUACUUGGGGAGCCAAAGCACAAGCUCUCAGGAAAUCUUGUUCACGUUUGUCCCUCAGAGCAUCUUACCCUAAGCCAUAGAAGCAUAAAUAGUAAGAUGAGAAUUGCUCAUUGUCUGACUCCUUGCACAGCAUGACUUUAAUUCUAGUUGGAAACAAAGUUAGUGUUGACUAUUGGUUACCUUAUUCACCAUACUGUACAUUCAUUAAGCUAUCGUUCCUCUUUGUUUAUUCAAGACUAUGUACUUACAAAAGAGAACCUAUAAGAAUGUGUAGAGUGACCAAAUAGGGACAAAGUGACAUACCUAGAGUUUGCUGCUCAAAAUUUCUACCAGCAUAACCCUAAAAGCAGAGGGGCAUGAUGGAGUGGGAAGAGGUUCUGAGAGCAAAAUCAGAAGCAGCCUACCACUGACAUGAAGUAUAUUUAAAAUGUAAGUGAAUUUUGCAUUCUCUAUAAUAAAACUUUUAAUAUAAAAAUGAUAUCUUUAAUCUUUACUGGAACUUAUGCCACCACAAAGGAGUACCAUGUUCAUCACGUGGCUGCUCAGUUUUCUCCCCCCAAGCCCUCACCCCCAAAGGCUGCAUAUCCCUGGGGUAUAUACACUGGCUGUAGUGCAACAUAUGUAAACAUAGAACAUAUCUAGACUAUUUCCUGCCCUUAGAAUCUGACCUUCAGAAGGAUUAAUGCCAAACUAAACUGAUGUGAAACAGUUCUGUUACUAUUGGCAUUCCUUGGCUAAGAAGGACCACCUGAUGCUCAGCCCCCUGAGAGCAGGAAUUGUGGUUUAUUGUUUUUCAUAUCCGCACCACCUAGUACCUGUUAUAGAGUGUUUAAUUGCUGAUAAUAGGAAUUAAGGAAUUUUAAAGGAGCAAAUACUUUAAGGAACAAUCAAAAAAUGAAUUUUCUAAUUCAGCUUUUUGAAUGAAGUCCCAUUACUGAACUUUAUAAUGUGAUGUUUAUUAAGCAGACAUCCCUUUAAAUACUCAGUUUUUUUUUUUUUUUUUUUGGAGAGAGCAAAGCAUCUCUCUCUGUGGAAAUUGUAUAUAAUGCCUGGUAUUUUACACUCAAAGCAAGGUGUUGGCCAGGAAGGUAAAGCAAUGGUGUCUAUGUAGACUUAAUAUCGCUGCUCUAAGUGGCCAUUUUGAGCCUAGUAGCACUACCUUCCAAGUGAGUCACAACUAAUUUGAUCCUAUUUGGUAUGUUUUUGUCCAUUGUUGUGAUUCAUCAUGUGUCUUACAAGAGACACUCAAGCAAGAGUCUACUUCUGUGUAUGGUGAGGCCUUGUUGUUCUAGGCUAGAAUAAACCCUUUGUAUGCCUCAUUGAAUAUGCCAGAUAAGAUAUAUGCAGUUAAGAAUGAAUUAUUUUUCUGACUAAAGUGUGUAGCAGUAGUUCAAAUUGUGCCCUUGUUUUAACAGUUCUGUCAACAUCUUGUUUUUCCCUAUAAAACACCAGGGUGUAUUAUAAGUACUGCCUGUGAGAAUUUGCACUUUAUGUAUCUGUGUGUGGAGUUCCUGUGGUUUUAGCCAAAUGAAGUGUUAUCAGUAAUAAACAGGUUUCUUCAUAGGCA